AUGUCCAAAAGGCUCCUUCCAAAUAUCAUUAUCACUGGCACUCCAGGUUGUGGCAAGACAUCUCAUGCUGAAUAUCUUGCCUCUCACAAUAACCAGUUACACCACUUGAAUAUCUCGGAAGUGGCCAAAGAACGCAACUGCAUCACUGGGCGUGAUGACAUGCGUGACUCUGGGAUCGUCGAUGAGGACAAGCUCCUUGACGCUAUUGAGCCGGACAUGGAGGAAGGUGGUACCAUCAUUGAUUGGCACUGCUGUGAUAUCUUCCCCGAGAGAUUGAUUGACUUGGUGGUGGUGUUGCGCUGCGACAACUCCAAGUUGUACGAAAGAAUGGUCAAUAGAGGCUAUAAAGACAGCAAGAUCCAGGAAAAUUUGGACUGUGAGAUCAUGGACGUGAUUUCCCAAGAGGCGAGGGAAGGUUAUGCGGAAGGAAUUGUGAUUGAAUUACACAGCGAAGACGCUGAGCAAAUGGAGGAAAACUGCACCAGAAUCCAGGGCUGGAUUGACUCCUGGUUGAAGGACCACGCCGAUGGGGUCAGCAACGAGUUGGACGAAGAAGGCAGUGAAAGUGACGAAAGCGAAGAGGGGAGCUACGAAGAAGAGGUAAGUGAUGAAGAAGAGGAAAGCGCCGAAGAGGAUUAA